AUGGCCGACAGAUUUCCUUCCCUAGAGGACUUCGAUUCGGGCGCCCAAACCGACAUCAAGGACUCGGGCGCCUCCCCCUCUGCCGACGACUUCCUCGCUCGUGAGAAGGCCCUUCUCGGCGACGAUGCGAACCAGUUCGCCACUGCUGACGACUCUGCCGCCUUUGGCACCGGCGACGACGAUCUGCUGGGCGGUGGAGGCAGUGGCAAUGUCAUUAGCGAAGAGUCCACGUUCGAGUCGCAGUUCCCCGACCUGGCCAACCAAAACGAGGCUCUCGCUCCGGGUGCGAUUCCCGGCGCCGGCAUCACUGCGCCAAGUGUCAACUACAACUCUGGUUACAGUGCCUACGUCGAGGAAGAGGAGGAGCCCGCGGUGAUCCGUGAGUGGCGCGAGAAGAGAGACGCACAAAAUGAGAAGCGGGCGCAGCAGUUUGCUGCCCAGCGUGAGGAGACCAUCAAAGAGGCCCGAGAGAAUAUCGACGACUUCUACAACAACUACAACGCCAAGAAAGAGAAGGGCAUUUCCCAGACGCGCAAGGAGGCCGAGCAGUUCCUGGCCAGCCGCGAGGACACCGUCUCCGGUGGUACGAGCUGGGAGAGAAUCGCGAAGCUGGUCGACGUUAGCGGAAAGGGUGCCAAGGGCGGUGCCUCUGGCUCGGGCAAAGAGCGCUUCCGUGAGCUCCUGGUCAGCCUGAAGAAGGACGAGAAGGCACCAGGAGCCAGCGGCUACUAA